AUGGCUCCUAACAUAACCGGCACUAUGACUUAUAGAACUUGUUUAUCGAUUGUGCUGCUGUUCUGCCUGAUUGGCAGCAGCUCUGAAGCUGAGGACUUGCUGCAAGUGGUUGCUCAGCUGAAUGCACGGCUUCAAUUUACCACAAAUGUCAUCUACAACCCACAGCAGAGAGAACUUAGUCAUCUGCAACGACUACAACCCGUUGGACAACUGAUCAUCAACUCACUGAGUGAGUUUGGAUUUAAUGGAACCGAACUAAAGCAUUUCAUGGAAGAAAGAGUACUGUUUGUACUCAUCGUUGGGGAUCCUUUUGGGCCACUGGAGCUGCUCCAAAAGCUUCAUCUGCACUUUGACGAAGCUGACUUUUUGCUUGUGAUCGAGCGCUUGGAAUUGGAUGGAAUUUGGCUACAGUUUGUUUAUGAUGCCUGGCAAUUGGGCUACAUCAAGCUGCUGUUCUUGCAUUCCACAUUGCUGUAUGAGAAUCAGUUGUUUCCCGACUUGAAGAUCAAGCCAACCACUGUUGAGCAAUAUGCUGUGACACGUGGACGACUCCUCAAUCUUCAUGGCUAUGAAACGCGAGUGGCCGUCUACUCGAAUCCCCCGCGAUCUUUGCUCUAUAAGGACGAAUGGGGCAAUCAGGUCUACGGUGGAUAUUAUAUGCGCUUCAUUCGACAAUUUCUGCGCUAUAAGAAUGCCACCUUUGUGCCAAUCCAAACGCCCAGCUACUCGGCUGGUCACUGCAAGCAGGCAUUGCAAGCGGAGCGAGUGGAUCUCUGUGCUGAUGCACUUGCUCAGGAAACGACAAAGACGUUCGCCGUGUCGAGGCCCAUUCGAUUGGCUUAUGCCAAUAUUAUGGUGCCCAGUGCUAAGCCCCUUGGAUCGUAUCGCUAUUUAGUGGCUCCCUUUCACUCGACUGUCUGGAUUUGCUUAAUUGUCUAUGUUGGCUUCAUCGUCUGCUUCAUGAGCUGGAUCCACUGGCAGCAGCAGCAUCGUUGGCUCUUCAGUAAGUUUCUGCUAGAAGCGAUCAGCUCAUUGCUGCUCGCUGGUUUCGCACUGAAGGAUCUGCAUGGCAGAGAGCGUUACAUUCUGUUUUUGGUGCUCUUCAUGGCCGGAUUUGUCUACUCCACAUUCUAUUUGGGUUACUUGAAGAGCAUUCUGACCACCGAAGUCUUUGAGCAGCAAAUCAACUGUCUGGAGCAGCUGAUUGAGGCCAACAUCACGCUGAUGAUCGACGAAUACGAUCGCAAUCUGAGCCACAGAUACAAUUUGCCCGACAUACUCUGGCAGAUCGUCAAAGUGGUGCCCGACGAGAAGCUUAAAAAGCAUCGCAAUAGCUUUGACCAGGAAUACGCCUACAUGUUGUUCAGCGAUCGCAUGGACCUAUACGACUAUGCGCAGAAGUAUCUGCGGCAUCCCCGCAUCCGUCACAUACCCAUCAACAUAUUCUAUCUGUUUGCCGGCUUUCCCAUGCGCGAGACCUGGUUCCUCAAGCACCAUUUGAGCGAGGCCUGGGCGAAUGCCUUUGCCAGCGGACUCGUGCAGAAGCUGGCUCUGGAUGCCGACCACGAGACGAUGACAUCAAGCGUGGGCUUCCUUGAAUUCCUCAUCACCGAGUACUAUGAGGCGCAACCACUUGGUCUCGAUUAUUUCGUCAUGCCGACCAUGUCGCUGGCCCUUGGCUAUGGGCUCGCCUUCCUCGCUUUUGUCAUCGAGUUGACGGCCUGGCGCACUGCCUCCGCCGUCCCUUGGCGUUGA